AUGCCGCCCAAAAAGAAACUCCAUCCGGCUAUAGAUCCCAACUCGUCCUUUACUCCCGAGAAUUUCGAAAAGGAGCUCAAGGCUCUGGCAAGCAAAGCCAAGGAUGAGACGUGGUUCAAAGCCUUCAAGGAACAAACCUCACCCUUUGUCAAGCCUCUCGUCCUGUUGACCCUCAUCGCAGCCUAUGCGAAUGUUUCGCAGCUCGCCUUGUCUCCAGUCUAUGGGUCAAUACCGUCUUCAAUAUGGCAUUCCAAAGUCGUUAUGACGGCCUGUUUUGCCGGAUGGUCUUCUAACCUUAUUAUGAACCGAUACUUGCCCCUCAAGCCCCUUUACCUCCUUCCCGUGAUAGCCCUCUACAUCCCCAUGGUUCAGUUUUAUCUCUUCAAAUUGAGUGAUGUUCUGAGCGCCAGUUGGGGACCUCUGGUGACGGAGGUGUUGACACUCUUCCCUCUCAUAGUCAUCUCGGUCGCUUGCACGGCGACUUCUCUCGAGGGCGCCGACUUCAGCCGCCUCCCCAAGUGGCUUGGAGAUGCCAUGCCUGGGCUGGGCUCAUGGGGCUUUUACUUGCUGGCAGAGAAGUAUUCUGGCCAAUAUGUUGCGAGUUCCAUGGGGAAGAAUAUAUUCCAGACCCGGAUGGGCCUCGAAGUGAUCCUGGGAGCAUGCUAUGCGCUCUUGGCCCCUUCCAAGCUCCUCCUCUAUGCCAUCCCGGCCCUGCUGCACACUGCUGUCUUCAAUACCCAUGUGGCCUCUCCAAUGGCGCUGCAGGCAUUGAACAACGGCAUAGCGUCCGAAGGGUGGACGGUCCUGGAUCGACGGGAGUCGUUGACGGGGUACAUAUCUGUUCUCGAAAACCACGCCCAGGCGUUUCGCGUAAUGCGAUGCGAUCAUAGCCUCCUGGGCGGCGAGUGGAUCAAUUUCAAAGAUGGCGAUGUUGCGGAGCCGGUAUAUGGAGUGUUCGUCAUGUUGGAGGCCGUGAGACUCGUCGAAGUCCCUCAACGUGUCAAAGACAGUGACGCGAAGGCGUUGGUCAUUGGACUUGGCAUCGGAACCACACCCGCAGCUUUAGUUGCUCAUGGUAUCGAUACUACUGUCGUGGAGAUCGAUCCUGUUGUCUACGACUUUGCAUCCAGAUAUUUCCGCUUGCCGGCUAACCACACUCCUGUCAUCGAGGAUGCUAUAUCAUACACCGACAGACUGGUCAAUCAGACGGAUGGCCGCAGAUUUGACUACGUUGUGCACGACGUCUUCACUGGCGGCGCAGAGCCCGUACCGCUGUUCACCCUCGAGUUCUUUGAGAAUCUUUCUGCGCUCUUGAAGCCCAAUGGCGUUGUUGCAAUUAACUACGCUGGCGAUUUUACACUCCCUCCUCCGGCAAUGGUCAUUCGAACUAUCCGGCAGGUGUUCCCGUCGUGCAGAGUCUUCCGCGAGAAUGCAAGGGAUGAAGACGCCGUGGAGAAAGAGGGCAGGGACUUCACCAACAUGGUCAUUUUCUGCACCAAGCAGCAAAGCAAGCUGACCUUCCGGAACCCCGUUGAAGGCGACAUGCUGAAGACCCAUUCGAGGAAAGCUUACCUGAUGCCCAAGCACGAAGUUCUGGAUGAAGAUUUCAUCGGCGUCGAGAAUGCUUCCAUUAUCAGGCGUAACGACACGCAAGAGCUGGUCAAGCACCACGAGAAGAGUGCUCUGGGGCACUGGUCAGUGAUGCGCUUCGUCUUGCCUGCGAAGAUUUGGGAGAGUUGGUAG